UUUGUGUUUUUUCAUGUUAAACAGCGGCUUUUACGGUUUUUAACAGUAUGUGCAAGUUUCUCUGUGAUUGGUGUGGCAGCAUUUCAUAAUCAAACUGACAAAAGGUCUUCCUCCCCGGCGAAUAAAGCAUCAGUCAAUGGACUACAAAUGUAGGAUUUAUUAUUGGCCGUGUUUAUGCCAUAGCUUGAUUGUUUUGGGUCAGGCAACUGAGUUAAAUCUCUUUCCAGCAGCUCAGCAAACAUGUUUCUGUCUCCCUUUGUAGGCCAAGCUUUCCUGAUACUCUCACCUCUCCAGAUCUCGUCUCUCGCAGUCAUCUCUGGCCGCCUGUGGGUGGGCACAGGGGGUGGUGCCAUUUUCUCCAUCCCAUUAUCUAUAACAUCAGAGGACGUUUCUAUCCCAUAUUGCUCCAUUGCAUCAGCCCAGCUGUGUUACCAUGGACAUAGACAAGCUGUGCGGUUCAUUGUUGCUGCACCUGGUUGUUUGAUCACCUCUCCUGGCAGCAGCACUGUCACUACCUCUCAGCUUAUUCUCAGUGGAGGAGAGGGCUACAUCAACUUCCGAAUUGGAGAUGACGCCAGUGAUGGAUCAGUUGAAUUGUCCCAAGUUACACCUCAGCGGUCUGAACGCAGUCACAUGAUCAUCUGGCAGAAUCCCACCCCCUCUGUGCCCAGCCCAGCCCUCUGACAUUGCCCACCUCCCUGUCCUGCCCUUUCAGCAUGAGAUACAGAUGGAGCAGACAUAUACUGUAUACCAUCUAGACACAACAUUGGUGCUUUCAAGGAACUUAAUGAGCCAACGACUCAAUGUGGAAGCAAUAAAAAUGAUCCUCUAAAAUCACAUGAUACCCACUGUCCUUACUAUUCUUGUUUAUGUCCUUUGUCAUGGAUGGUAAUACCUUACUGUUGAUCUUCAUCUGAUUUUAUAUCUUUUCUGUUAUGUUGGUCAGUAAUGUUGCUGUCUGAUUGUUAAUAGCCCAUUUUUACCUUUGAACUGACAUUGCAUUCAGUUUCCCUGACUUACAGCUCUGUGAUACAUUUUUCUACCAGACAUCUGUUGGGGGAUUCUGCAUGUUCUUAAACAACAACAAUCUUCAUGCAACCAAGUGGGCACCGGGGUCCUCCUGUCAUACAUCUUUUGAUCAUAAAGUGCUUAACUUAAUGUGGCUGCUCUUGAAGUUACUGUGUACAUACUUUGUUAACUGUGAACUGGAAACGGGUCUUCUCUCAGCGUAAAGACAAUCAUUCUUAUUUCCUGAUGCUGCAGUGGAUUUGGGUUGUCUUUUGAUUGUGUGUGUGUGUGUGUGUGUGUGUGUGUGUGUGUGUGUGUGUGUGUGUGUGAGAAUUUAUUUUACAAUUCUACCCGUCCACAUUAGAUGUGAUGUGAUUACAAAUAACUGCACAUUUUAACUGUGUCUUUAUAAAAAUAUGUGAUCUCAUCUUUUAAAUGAACAAUGUCAGUGCUUGUCCUUUGAAAUUAUUUAUUUUCUCAGUUAUUUCUUUAAUGUCUUCAUUUGAUUUGUUUUAAUUUGAUUUCAGUAUCUUUUGUUAAAUAAGGGAGAGAACAUCUGUGUCCUUUGCAGUAUUUAUGUGCAAUUCCAAGUUUGUGCACACGUUUAUGAUCAUAGCAGCUCCAUAUCCUUCUUGGAAAGAAAAUUAAAACUUGAUUAUUUGUUCUGACUCAACCAUGUACAAAUAUUAUUAUUAAAAAAUUUCAUUUAAAUCAAA